GGCGACCCAGCUGAGACGCGAGAAGGAGGCGAAGGAAAUGGAGCUGUCGAGGAUGCGUCAGGCGGGCGUCGAUCCCGUGGACGUAGGGAAUGUGCAGGAUGAGGUCCAAAGGCUGGAGGCGGAACUUGAACAGACAGAGCGGGACGCAAUAGAGGCUGACACGAGGCGCGCUGAGGCGGAAAGGAAAUCGACUGAAGAGGAAGAGGCGGCGAAGAAGGCAGAGGAGGAUUUGAAGGAUGUUGAGGUUAUCGAUCUGCCCGAGUAGUCAAUAUGUCCAAGAACAGCGCAUCGGAUGAGUCGGCAAACUCUUUGCCGCGGGAGAC